AUAGAAUGCUUCCUUUCGGCUUUAGUCUACUUUCAUUUUCUAUAUGUUGCGGACCAGUUUAAAAUCCAAGAUGGCUGCCCCCAGUGGAAAGAAGUUUCCAGAUUUUCUUCGAUUGAAAGUUCUUGCGAGAGAUGAUCUGACAAGCCUGCUAGAUCAAAUGCCUGGUAGGAAGGACCUGGUUAUCGACACGGAUUUAAUGAAGCCUCUAGACAGAAUUGCUAAUGUAUCUGUACUGAAGCAAAGAGGGGUUGACAAAAUCUUCAAGUUCGACAAUUCCUUAAAGUCCAUGCAGGGCUGUGAACAGAGGAUAUAUCUGGUCCGGCCCAGAAUGACCACUAUGAAGUCAAUAGCUGACCACAUCAAUUCAGACAAAAAUAUUAAUUUCCAAAGAAAGUAUAAUAUAAUAUUUGUUCCAAGAAAAUUACAUACUGCCGUCUCUGUGCUGGAGUAUGAGGGGGUGAUGGGAUAUGUGACCUUGAGUGAACUUCGACUGGACUUCAUACCACUUGACAAAGAUGUCUUAUCUUUAGAACUUCCAGAAUUCUUCAAAACAUUUUAUCUUGAGAGUGACCAGACAUGGAUUCACACUGUAGCCAAAUCUCUGGUCCGACUACAAGCUCUGAUGGGAGAAAUCGGGCAUGUGCACUGUAUAGGAAAAGGGGCCAAGAUGACGAAUGAUGUAAUGAACUAUUUAAUGGACCGAAGCUCGUCUGACCAGGACUUCAGCCGACAUGAAAUUGGCAGUUUAAUCCUUAUAGACAGAGAUGUGGAUUAUGUGACACCAUUGUGCUCUCAGCUAACAUACGAAGGUCUGCUGGAUGAAACCUUUGGCAUCAAGUGUGGAACAAUUGAAUUUGGACCGGAGGUCACUGGAAAACAGCAGACAGCCAAGUUACUGCUCAACUCAGAUGAUCAAAUUUUCGAGGAUGUUAGAAAUCGUCAUUUUUCCAAUGUCUUAGGAUAUCUGAGCUCAAAAGCAAAGUCUCUACAACAGGAUUUUGAUAAAAGGCAUGAUCUGAAGUCGGUUGGAGAUAUGAAAGACUUUGUUGCAAAUGAACUCAGAAGACUCAAGGAGCAAAAAGCGGUCCUGUCUCAUCACAUUGGAGCAUGUGAACAGAUCCUGGGGAAAAAAACUAAAGGUGGAUUUGAGGAUUAUCUUCAGACAGAACACAGCCUGUUGGAGGGAACCAGUGUGAGAGAUAAUGUCAGCUACAUCGAAGAACUCAUCUUUAAACAGGACAAUAUGCUGAAGACCCUGAAACUGAUAUGUCUUUUGUCUUUAACACAAAAUGGAAUCACUCCCUCGACAUACAAAUCUCUCAAGACCCAAUACUUGCAGAGUCAUGGCUUUGAGCAGCUAGUCACAUUUUCCAAUCUGAAAUCCCUGGGAAUCCUCACAGAGCAGGAGGCUGGGAGUCAGGCUGCCACGCCCCUUAACAAGGUCACGUCUGGGGUCGCGGCCAUGACGAGACGCAGCACAUUCAAGAGUCUGUGUAAAAAGCUUUCAUUGAUUCCGAAGUCCGAGGACAUCGACCUGAAAAAUCCCACAGACAUGUCCUAUGUGUUCAGUGGCGCUUACACCCCGCUGUCUUGUAAACUAGUAGAGCAGGUUUUAACCAGAGGAGGAUUUACUGGUAUGGAGGAAAUUACAAAAUACCUGCCUGGAGGAGUUCAUACCGAAAACCACGUCAAGGCAUCUAAAGAAAAUAUCUCAUCAUCAAAAGACAAGACAGGUAAAUCAGCACGACAAGAUCGCCCGGUCAGUAAAGUUGUUCUCGUCUAUUUCUUGGGAGGUUGUACUCACUCUGAAAUAACGGCCCUCCGAUUCCUCGGUAAACUCAAAGGUUACGUAUUCAUCAUAGCCACCACAGCAAUCAUCAACAGCGCCACCAUGCUGGAGUCUGUCAUGGAGAGACCACCCAUAUAAUUCAUCGUCAUAUAGAUUAUCGUUUUAUAGUUAAUAAUUUUUGUCAUACUUUAUCAUCGUCAUUUAGACUUAUUUUUGUCAGUAACUGUAUUUAAACUGUAUAGAUUGUAAGUGACUUCGUUUGAGUUGAAGCGCUGAGCAAUAUCAAUAAUUACACUGAACCAUUGUGACUGGUAGUCACUCACUCGAUCAUCUGCAGUUAAGUGACUUCACGAUUCAUUUGGAUGGGGAGUUUAAUAUAUUGGUACUGUGAGACUGAAAAAUUAGACUCCGAUUGGAAAAACAUUCAGAAAGAGAGUGCAAGAGAGAGAGAGAGAGAAUAGCACAAACCCUUUUAAGCAGAGGGGUGCAUUCACACACUGCAUUAAAAAUUGUUUAAUGCUAUCCAAUAAAAAUUAUUGGAAAAUUAA